AUCAAGCAAAUUCUUGCUAUUUCCCCCUCAAGCUGAGGCUGACAACCUAAACACGGUUAGGUUUCACAUAACCCUGAGACUCUGGGAGUCAAAACAUGAGAAGAAACAAGAUCCUGCAUAUCACAUGUGAGGCUGCAGAGACAAGGCCAAGCCAGCUGGGUCAGCUCGGCAGUGUUCAAAGAGAAGUAUCAGUUAAUGUCUCUACAGGUGAUUAGCAUGUGCUCCAUAUUAUGGACUGGAACCCUGAAAUUCCGGUAGCCUUGAUCCAAACAGUACUUCCUCUUAAGCUGUUAUUUUUGUAUGAAGAGACAUCUUCAUUCAUCCUUUACAAUUGAAUAAAUGCAGGGAGGCAUGGAUCUCUCUGUUUUGCCAAAUAACAACCAUCCUGACAAGUUCCUGCAGCUCGAUGUGAAGUCUUUAAUGAGGAACUCAGCCCUUCUCCAGGCCAGCCUGGUGAGGUUUCCGGGAGGGAAUUACCCUGCUGCACAGCACUGGCAAAACCUCGUCUACUCACAGAGAGAAAAGAAGAAUAUUACUGUUCAACGCCUGAGGGGAUCCAGUGCAAAGGGCACCAUCACUGUAGACAGCCCCCCACCAUCCUUAUCAUCAGUUCUGAAGAAUAACCCACUAUAUGGUGAUGUAAGUUUUGAGGAAGCUAUGGAAGAAAGAAAAAAGAAUCCUUCAUGGACUGUUGAGGAAUAUGACAAGCGUUCCCUGCAUACCAACCUCUCUGGGCAUCUGAAGGAAAAUCCUAACGACCUACGGUUUUGGUUGGGGGAAAUGUACACACCCGGUUUUGAUACCUUACUGAAGAAGGAAGAAGAACAAGAGAAGCAUUCCAAAUAUCGUCGGAUAGGUCUGAUUCUGUUCCUCGUUGCCUGCAUCUUGGUUUCCAUAGUGACUGUUAGCACUUUUUUCAUCUAAAGAAACUACCCCCAGACACAGUCACUUCAAAUUUCUUUAAAAUCUUUC